AUGAAUAUCUUCCGCCUGCUCAGGGAUGGCCCACCAGCCAGCCGCCGAAUGAUCUUUGUUUUUGCCGGUUUGACCGGGCUUGGAAAUGCCGGUCUGGUCGGUCUCGUCAACGAGGCGGCCGAGCAGUCGCUGUUCGGCCUCGAUGUCGAACCACGCCUGCUUGUCGUUUAUGUCCUGACACUGCUGUUUUUCCUUAUCUCCAAUCGUUCCGCGCUGAAACAGGCGAACCGGUUCGUGCAAUCGCGUCUGGAAGCCACCCGGCGUCGAAUCGUUCGCAAAAUCCGGAUGGCGGAUCUCCGGACACUGGAGCGGCUUGGAAAAGGCGACAUCUACGUCACGGUCGCUCAGGAAACCGACCAUCUUUCGCAAACGCUGCCUUUGUUGAUUGGCGCGGCUCAAAGUGCUCUGCUGGUCCUGUUCCUGUUUUUCUAUAUUGCCUCGAUUUCGCUGAUUUCUUUCUUUGUCAUUGCAGCCUUUUCGUUCUUUGGCGCGCGAGUCUUUAUGGCGCGGCAACGGGCUUUGACAGCGUCCCUGGCGGAAGUCCAUCAUCGGGAAGCUGAAAUGCUCGACAGCCUGAUGCAUUUUACGCUUGGGUUUCAGGAAAUCCGGCUGAACGCAGACAAGAAUGAAGCGCUUUUCAAUCAUUUCUCCGGCGUUACGGACCGGCUCAAAGAUGUGGUCACCGAGCUCGGGGGCCGUUGGGUAACGCUCCUGCAAUUCAGCAACGCCUUUAUCUUCCUGCUGGUCGGCAUCGUCGUCUUUGUCCUCCCUGUUUUUUUCGACGGCUACGACGAUAGCAUCUACAAGAUCACGGCAGCCUCCGUGUUUGCAUUGGGCCCCAUAGCGGCAAUCUUUUCGGUUGUCCGUCUCAUAGGUCGUGCGGAGGCAGGUUUGGGGCAUGUCUACGCGCUGGAAAAGAAGCUUGAUCAUGGGGCAUCGCUGCCAAUCGAGCCCAGGCCGAGGCAACGGUCCGCCUUCCGUGGCUUUUCCAAGAUUGAACUGGCAGGCGUCGAGUUCAAAUAUGCAGAUCUGGAUGGAAGCGUCUCCUUCAAGGCGGGACCUCUCGAUUUGACUCUAAAUCGCGGAGAAGUCGUUUUUCUGACGGGCGGGAACGGAUCCGGAAAGUCCACGGCGCUGAAAUUGCUGACGGGGCUGUACACGCCGGAUGCCGGCCAAAUCCUGUGCGACGGCAUCCCUGUCGAAGAUACCAACCGGCAGGAAUAUCGGGAGAUCUUCUCAUGCGUCUUCACGGACUUCCACCUGUUCGACCGUCUUUACGGGAUCGGAGAUGUCGAACCGGAAGAAGUGGAGCGCUUGAUCGAGCGCAUGCAGCUUGGCGGCAAGGUCGGAUUUGAAAAUGACCGCUUUACGACGCGGGACCUGUCGACCGGUCAGCGCAAGCGUCUGGCCAUGAUCGUCGGCAUGCUGGAAGAUCGGGAAGUCUACAUCUUUGAUGAAUGGGCUGCUGAUCAGGACGCCCAUUUCCGGGAAAAGUUCUAUUCCGAAAUUCUUCCCGAUUUCAAAGCGCGCGGAAAGACGGUUCUGGCCGUUACCCACGACGACCACUAUUGGCACCUUUGCGACCGACGCAUUGUUCUGGAUCUCGGCAUGAUCCUUCCGGAUGGAGAGCGUUAG